AUUACACCAAAAAGGGAACAAUCGACCACUCCGAGCAACUGUUGCAAUUGAAAACAAGUAAACAAAAAGGCAAACCCAAAAAGUACAUACAUACAUACAACAAUACAUACAAACUCACUCAGCCAAGCAAGAAAACCCACACACACACACCCUUUCAAAAAUACCCCACACAUUUUCCAACUAAAAAAAAAAACCAAAGGUUUUGCAGAGACCAACAAUGGCGGCCCAAGAACAAAAUCAAGAACGGAUUUUUCACGACGGCGAGCAUUAUCAGAAGCUACUCUCCUCCUAUUUAGGGCUGAGCUUCACAAUUUUUGUUGGGCUGCUACCCAAGAACACAAUUCCGCUGCUCUCCGCACUGCAGAACAAGAACAAAUCUCUCUCGUCGAAGCUGAUUCAGACGGAGGAUCAGCUGAGCCAGCUCCUCUCGAGGAGGAAGGAGGACGCGAAGGCGAACGCGAGGGUGGUGGAGAUCUUCGCCAGCCACCGCCACGCGUGGCGGCAGGAGGAGAAGCGGCUGCUGCAGCAGAUCGACGACUGCGCCGAGGAAAUCGCCUACCUGAAGAGCAAGUUCGAGGAUUUCGAAGGCGUGGAGGCCGAUUUGAAGGCCAGCAUCGAGGAUUUGAAGAGGGAUGUCGGCGAACGUGACGAAAUGCUCAACUUCAUCAGCCGGAGCAACUGCGAGAUGGAAGACGCCGGCGGCGGAGGUGGGGAUUGCUACGGCGAGGUUGGGCUGAGGUAUGGGAAAGCUGAGGUGGCGGCGGAAGGGGUGGUGGAUGAAAUUGAAAUUGAAAUGGGUUCUGUUUAUGGAGAGAGAAACAAUUCUGGGUUUGGUUCUGAUUUCUUGAAUUCUGCUGCUUCUAAAUUCUGGUCUGAAAAAGCUAGUCUUUGGCAGGAUAUGCAGUAUGAAUCUAUCGAAUCGCAUUACCAUAUGAAGCACUUUGUUUCUAGGAGAGAGUCCCCUUGGAAAGUAGAUGGCGACUCAACCGGAAUCUCAUCUAAACUAAAGUUGCUCGAGCAAGAAUUAGUUAAUUUAGAAAAAAUCGUAAAGGCGGAUCUUUCAAAAUCACCGUCACAUAUGCGGAAGCAAGCGAAGAGGUAUCAAUCAUUAGCCGGAAAAAUCGACGAUCUCUGCAGAAGAAUGCAAGCUAGUGAUCCGUGCGAAGCCAACCUAAGCCCAGAGUUUCGAACGCAAAGGCAAACGGAAUUCCUUCUAGAAGCAUUUCGACUGCAGCAGCGUGCAUCGGAAACUAACCAGAAACUAACGGCACUACAAGCCGAAACGGGAAAGAGCUAUAACGGAACGGAGCCCGUGGGCCAGGCCCAAUUAGCCACACGAAGAUCACUCGACUCUAUCCGAAACAACUUAAAGGAAAUCCAACGAAAUCUCGAGAUUUGGCUUGCUCGAAUUAUAGGCGAUCUCGAAGGGUUACUUGCUAGAGACGGUGCUUCUCGUGCGAGGGAAUAUUACGUUUCUAGGUACCCUUUUGCUCAACAAUGAUAAAUUAAUAAUAACUAUAAUAACUAUAGCAACUAUUUUUCAUGUAGUAGUGAUCAAGAAAAUGUACAGCUCUGUUUCCUUUUUUUUUUUUUUUAAUUUUUAAUUUCAUGGAAUUGAAGUUGUCGAAAAGCUGAUUGCAGCUUUGUAUCAAGAAAAGCUGAUUGCAGCUUUUUUUAGUAUAUUGUUGUUGAGUGGUCCUGGAAAAUAUGGUUAGUAGUAGUUUUGAACAGAUAAAUGAUCUACAGCAGCAAAGUAUUAUUAUCCCUUUGGAUAAACUUGAUGACAAGUACAGGGAUUUAACUGAUUAUUUUCCAGCUUUUUUCGAUGUUAUAA